CAUUCGUCGCCCUCCUCUGUCUAAAACACCAAUCUAAUCUUUCUCUUCCCUUCACACUUUUUGCCAAAACGUUUUCUUAUAUACACACAAAAAAAAAACUCAAAUUUGUGGAGAAUCGUUUACUCUUUUCUUCUUGUAUAUCUCUUGCCCUAAUUCUAAUUACAGAUUUUUCCGUAGAGACGAUGCAGAAAGUUUGCUGGCCUUACUUUGAUCCUGAUUUCGACAAUCUUGGUGAACGCAUAUACGGUCCACCAUGCAGGGUCUAUAUUGACAAUGACAGCAUUCAAGAUUGCACCGUUGUGAAGGUGAAUAGUGAGAACAAACAAGGGCUUCUUCUAGAAGUGGUGCAAAUCUUGACGGACAUGAAUCUUAUUAUCACCAAGAGUUACAUCUCUUCCGAUGGUGGAUGGUUCAUGGAUGUUUUCCAUGUUAAAGAUGAGCAUGGAAAUAAACUCACUGAUAAAAGCGUCAUCAACCACAUUAAACAUGCCAUUGGUACGAGUAGGCGAGAAUCCGAUUUUAUAAAGGCUAGUGAAGCGAAUAACAAUUCCUUGGAACCUCAAUUGGCUGAUCACGGCGAACACACAGCGAUAGAGAUGACCGGGACAGACCGACCGGGCCUCUUCUCAGAGAUAUUUGCUGCUUUCGCGGACUUACAUUGCAACGUCAUGGAAGCUCAUGCUUGGAGCCACAACGCUCGUUUGGCUUGCAUUGCCUAUGUCUCUGACGACAAUACUCACACUCCCAUUGAUGACCCGAGCCGCUUGGCUUCCAUUGAGGACCACCUAAGUACUGUGAUCCGUGCCACAGCGGAUCCCGCCUCCAACUCUACACACGUGGGUCACAAGGAAAACGAGACUGAUGGGUUUCUUGCAGGACAAGGCAAAGGGUGUAUGAAUAGCAACAUGGAGAGACGGUUGCAUCAGCUAAUGUUAUCUGUGAGAGACUUUGACGAACCGUUUUGUGAGCCUUCUUCGUUGUCAUUAUUGUCGUCCAAGUUAGAGUACUGCGAUCAUAAGGAGAGGAAGACAACUAUAGUUUCGAUUGGGAAUUGCGAAGAAAGAGGAUACUCUAUUGUCACAGUGAAAUCUAAGGAUCGAAGAAGGCUCAUGUUUGAUACAAUUUGUACUUUGGUUGAUAUGCAAUACGUUAUCUUUCACGCCGCUCUCCGGUCUGAUGGAGCUGAUGCUUUUCAAGAAUACUUCAUAAGACACAUAGAUGGAAGGGCAUUGAACACGGAAGGCGAGAAAGAACGGGUGAUUAAAUGCUUGGAGGCUGCAAUAGAACGCCGCGUUUGCGAGACAGAAGAAUAUUAGAGGAACAUUCACCAAACUGUUUGGGUUCUAUUUAAGAAUGGUAAACAAUUUGGGUGUGUGGUCUAUGGCUUAAUGCAGGGCGUGAAGUUGGAGUUAUGCGCAGAGAACAGAGUAGGCUUACUCUCUGACAUCACUCGUGUACUACGUGAGAAUGGUUUAACCGUUGUCCGUGCAGACGUGGAGACUCAAGGCCAAAAGUCUCUCAAUGCUUUUUACGUCAGAGAUAUUUCCGGCAACAAAAUCGAUAUGGAGUUUGUGGAGUCAGUGAAGAAAGAGAUGAGACCAAUCCACCUUGAGGUCAAGAAUGAAGACACAAAAAUAGACACAGUUGGAUCGGAUGAACCGACAGCCUCAGCCUCAGCCACACCGCAACGGCAACCACAACCGCACCGUUUCUCGCUUGGUGACAUCCUUCGAUCACAGAUGGAACGCCUUUCUCUCAACUUCGUCCCAACCAAAUGAUUGAAAGUUAGUAAUUACGAGUAUGGUAUAAAGAUUUAGAUCAUCUAUAUUUCUUAGAAAGUUGCAACAAUUCUUUAUUCAUUAACUAAUAACAACAAAUCUAUCUAGACUUUUAAGGUUUACUACAUUUCUGAGAUAUGAGUUACAAAAUCUAACAGAACUUUACCUUACGUAAGCUUCAAGUUAAGUCUACGUAACCAAAUGGAA